AUGAAUUCAUCUAAUUCCUCAAAACAUAAUGUUCAGAAUACAACAUACGAGGCGGCUAGCAGUAAAUUAUCUGCUGUUCAAUUAGGAUAUUACGAUGAUCCAUUCUUGAAACAUUUUGUAAAAAAGAUAGAGACAAGAAGUCCUUUAAUAAAUAGAGGUUAUUAUGCCAGGGUAGCUGCUCUAAGACUGUACAUUGAACUUUUUUUUAAAUCCAUAGAUAAUAAACAAAACAUUCAAGUUGUUAACAUCGGUUCUGGUUUGGAUACUACCUUUUUUUGGAUAAAUCAAAAAUAUCAUGACGUGAAAUACUAUGAAAUCGAUUUUUACGAGUUAUUAAAAGAGAAGACUUAUAUAAUUAAAAAAUAUGCAGAAAUGAAAAAUUUUUUAAAAUAUGAAAAAGAAAAUGAAGAAAAAGAUGAGGAUCUUAUUAAUUGCGUGAAUUAUAAAAUGGUUCCUCUUGAUUUAAAUGAUUCAUCAUCCUUUGAAAAAAUAUUAUUAUCAUAUAAUUUUGAUUUUAAUAAACCUACCAUAUUUAUAUGUGAAUGUGUUCUUAUAUAUUUAGAAACAGAAAGCAGUGAUAAUUUAAUAAAAAAGUUGAGUGAACUUAUGAAAAAUACAUCAUGUAUAAUUGUAUAUGAGCAGGUGAAUCCUAAUACAGCCUUCGGAAAAGUGAUGAUAGACAAUUUUAGUCAUAGAGGUAUAAAUUUGAAGAGCAUUUAUAAAUAUUACAAUUUACAAUCACAAUUAGAAAGAUAUAAAUCUUUAGGUUGGGUUAAUGUAUAUAUAAAUGAUAUGAAUGAAAUAUAUGAUUACCAUAUAAAUAUUGAAGAAAAAAAGAAAAUUGAACGUAUCGAAAUGUUUGAUGAAUUCGAAGAAUGGAGAUUAUUACAAAACCAUUACUUUAUAUUGGUAGCUUUUAAUUGUUAUAAUAAUAUAAACUUAGAAGACUUAAAACAAUUUUUGACAUGUCAAAAAAAGGAAAAAUAA